AUGGCCGUACGUCCCCACCCCGUCAAGGACAUCGGCGACAAGCACAAAGACGAACCCGCCAACCUCGAGAUGAAGCAAUUGUGGUCGACUCAUCCCUUCUACCGCAACAGUGAGGUUGGCAAGAUCCUCACCACCAGCACGACCGCCACCAGCAGCCCCGUCCACAAGAAGAAGGACGUCUCGUUCGGUAGCACAGCUCGCCUGCCGAAGUCAAAGUAUGACUCGGACGGUCGCAAGAUCGAGGUCGACGAUCGUGACCGCACGCACGACCAGGAGGGUGAAUGGGGUGACCCUGGUGAAUACGACCAGCUUCGUCGUGAUGAUGGGUGA